UGGGAGUUCUGUGCUUUUUGGGGGAGAGUGGUGUGUUUAGGAAGCGGGUUUGGGAGGGGUGGGUAGGUUUUGGAUUUUUGGGAUGGGGAAAUUGCCAUUUCCGCCUGGUUUUCGGUUUUCGCCUACUGAUGUUGAGCUUGUGAAGUACUAUUUGAAGAGGAAAGUAAUGGGGAAAAGUGUUCGGAUUAAAGUCAUUGCCGAGGUUGACAUUUACAAGUAUGCUCCUUGGGAUCUCCCAGAGAGAUCUUGUUGGCGAUAUGGUGACCUGAAAUGGUACUUCUUUUGUUCUAGAGGAAUGAAAUACGCAAGUGGGGCUAGAGUGAAUCGUGCCACUGAAGCUGGGUACUGGAAAAUGUCAGGAAAGGACAGACCUGUUAAUUACAAUGGUGAAGUGGUCGGGUGGAUCAAGACUUUGGUUUUUCACAGAGGUAAACCCCCACGAGGAGAACGGACCGAUUGGGUUUUGCAUGAGUAUAGGCUUGAUGAUAAGGGCCUUGCUGAUAUGGGUGUGCCUCAGGAAUCAUGUGUUUUAUGCGUAAUUUUCCAAAAGGAAGGUGCAGGGCCUAAAAAUGGUGCGCAAUAUGGUGCGCCUUUUAAAGAGGAAGAUUGGACUGAUGAUGAGGUUGAAAUCUGUUUAAACUCUGUCCCACAUGCAGAUAGGCCUGAGCCAGACUUUGUUCCGCCUAGGGGAUAUGGUAGUUCCAAAGCUACCAGCUCUGAUAUCCCUGAGGAUGUGGGCAUAGGUCCUUCAUCUGAAUCCUGUGUAUCAGAUGCUGUACCACCUUCUUGCAAUGUUUACCACUCAGUUUCCAGUAAUACUGUUACAAAAGAGAAGCACUGUGUUUCAGCCAAUGGUGAUAUUCUGUCCAUGUUAGAUUGCUUUGGCCAAGAAAGUGCUUUCCUUAUCAAUGGCAAAGACCAAAAUAAGGAACCUGAUAACCUGAUUCCUUCAGGAAAUAUAGGCACUGCUCAGAAUACUGAUUCGGCAAAUGCUACUAAAGAGCUUGAUGAUAUUCUCCCUUCUGGGAAUGAGAAUGCUACAGAUCAUCCCAAUAAAAGUGAUUUUUAUAGAGAUUUAGAAGACUUGGGCAACUUGGGUAAAAUUGAAGUUGGAUACAAUUUAUCCAGUUGGCAUGGUUCUUCGUAUACUAUGGACGACAUUUUUGAGCUUGUGGAUCUUGACAAACCGAUGGACUGUGAUGCUUCCUUGUAUAAUGUACCAUCUUCCGAGGUUUAGUUGGCUAUUGCACUUAGCUGGGAAAUAUGGCACCAGAGACCCGAAAUUGAGACAAUUUCUCUGUAUCUGUAUCAGUAUCACUAUUUUCUUUUAUGGGAAUUUCUCAGACUCGAUUUCCCCAUGAUAUUUAUAUGUUAUUACAUUCAUAAUAAUAAGGGAACUACUCCUUGUCUU